AUGGUACUUGGGAUGGAGUUCCUCCUAGAACACAAAGUUAUCCCAAUGCCAAUGGCGAAAUUCUUGGUGAUCAUCGACCGCAAUCCCACAGUAAUACCUACAAGCAUCAAGCAGCCAGAGAGCCUACCACAAACAUUACCACUCCGUCGAGGCAUUGAUAACGAAAUUGAACUCCUUCCGGGGUUAAACCCCCCAGCAAAGAACGCAUACCGGAUGGCUCCCCCUGAGCUAGCUGAAUUGAGGAAACAACUAGAUGAGUUGUUGACGGCAGGAUUCAUCCGCCCGGCAAAAGCACCUUACAGANUACCUUACGGAGCCCCCGAUCAGUUCGUUAUAGUAUACCUCGACGACAUAGUUGUAUACAGCACAACUCUAGAGGAACACAAGGUGCACUUGAAGCUGGUAUUUGACAAGCUAUGGCAGAAAAAGUUGUACGUCAAGAAAGAAAAAUGUGCUUCGCACAAACAUGCAUCAACUUCCUCGGACAUGUCAUCAGUUAUGGACAGAUCGGGAUGGAUAGCGAUAAGAUAA